AUGUCGGAACGUACACCUUUGCAACCCCCCACCUCGAUCCUGAUCGUCGGUUGUGGCUGUUUCGGCGCCUCGACGGCCCUAUCCCUCCGUGGUCGAUACGCCCACUUUCCCCAACUCAUCACCCUCUUGGACCGCAGUGCGAGCCCUCCCGAAAUCGAUGCCGCCUCCUCCGACAUCAACAAGAUCGUGCGUCAAGAUUACGCCGAUCCUUUAUACGCCACUCUCGCCAUUCGAGCGAUCGAUCGUUGGCGAAAGGACCCCUUGUACGAAUCUAAUUUCCAUGAAUGUGGAGUCCUCGUCGCGGCUCAUAAGCGGACCAAGAAUGAGGCUUACGUUAGGAAGAGCUACGAGUUGAAUAAGGAAGAACAGAGGAGGUCCGAGGCGGGGAAGAAGGUGUGGGUUCUGCAAGGGGAAGGGAUGUGGAAGGAGGUUUAUGGAAGAGUGCCGCAGAUCGUGCGGAAGGAGGAGUUGGAGAGGAAUACAGCUUGUGAGUUGGGGAGGGGGGAUUCGAGGUAGGAGACUGACUCCCUCUCGAGGCUGAGGGAAGAUUAUUUUUUCGGACGACAGACUACAAUGAAGCAGGAGGAUGGGCCGAUUCGCGCCAAGCGGUCGUUGACGUCGUCUCAAUUCUCCGCUCCUCCGGCGUUCAAUUCGUUCAAGGCGAAGCCCAAUCCCUCCUUUACGCGAACGAUUCCCGAACCGUUCAGGGCGUCAAACUGUUCGAUGGUCGGACCCUGACCGCCGAUUUGACCAUCUUGGCUUCCGGAGCAUGGACGAGUCGGCUCUUGCCCGAAUUGGGUCACGAGCUUGUUCCGACGGGACAGGUGGUCGGGACGAUUCAAUUGGAUGCGAAAGAGGCCGAGUUGUAUCGUGAUGCACCGGUGUCUUUAUUCCUCGACACGGGUUUGUGAGUCAAUAUUACAUGCACAAAACGCACUAGAAUUGCACCACUGAUCACGGAUCUCCUCCCUCGCUCCAUAAAACCUUGUAGCUAUUCGUUUCCACCGACCCAAACCGGCCUCGUCAAAUUCGCGAUGCACUCCGCCGGCUUCCUCAACCCGACCGCUACCCUCCCCAGCACCCCUCGAACAACUCUCUCACCAGGUUACGAGACGCAACAAAUACCUCUCUCGGCUCGCGCCCACUUGAUCGAACAAUUGGCUCGGGUUUAUCCGGCUUUACAAAAGAGGGACUGGACGGGUAGUAGGUUGUGUUGGUAUACUGAUCGUAGGACCGGCGAUUGGUUGAUCGAUUAUGAUCCUUCACGUGAGGGACUCUUCGUGGCGAGUGGGGGAAGUGGUCAUGCGUUCAAGUUCUUUCCGAUUCUGGGCGAUUUGGUCGUCAAACGGUUGGAGGGGAGGUUGGAGGAGGAAGCGAGCAAGGUGUGGAGUUGGAAGGGGGUGGAAGGGAGGGUGGAUAAGAGUCGCGAGGGGAGGGAGACGUGUCAGGUUUUGGAGCGGAAGAGGGAGGCAAAGUUAUAG